AGGUGAACACCUGGUUGUUGGAGGCUCCCGCAGGCCCUAUCAGUUUUAAGACAAGCGCUUCUCACAAGCCUUAUUGUACAUAUUGAGCAACAGGAGUUAUGACAAAAUAAGACAUUGUCGCCUCAGAAGUGUUACCAAGUCAAUAAGAAGUGCUCGGCUGGGAUAAUAGAUAGAAACAGAUAUAUAUAUACAUAGAAGAUAUUUAUUACUAUAAUUAGUCUAUUUUAAACUUUAGCUACAUUAUUUUUUAUACUUGUAACUGUGAUAUAUUAAGUGAGGAGAGUUAACAUUGCAAGAUACUUAUAAGUGGAAGAAUUAACUGUUCAAGACAGCUACGUAUAACUGAGUUAAAUUUAUAAAAUAGAGAGGAAACCUAACUUUUUAAGAUACUUCAAAUUGGUUUUAAGUGAAGUUGAUUAUCUGUGGUGUACCCAGGGCAAGGCGGGUGUGAGGAGCGCCCCUCGCCAUCCCUCUCACCCACUUGAUGGCACGACGGCCGCCCCGCCACCCUCCCCUGCCGCCAACACCGCCCUCGAGGAGGUGGCGACGGGGGUGGGUGGCAGCUCUAGCGGCAGUGGCGGCGGCGAUGGCGGCAUUUAUCGUGCCGCACGUUGCCGCCACGGUGCCGCAGUUCUACUCAGCGAACGAGAUGUCCGUGUUGUGGCUGUCCAUCGACACGGAACCCGGGGAGAUUAUCUACCGGCUGCAGGCUUCCGACGCCGACAAGGACUACCCGCUGGCGUUUGAUGUUUACGGCGUAGACAGUGAAAUGAUCUCGGUGGAGUCGGACUACCAGUACGGGUAUGUGUACCUGCGUGAGCGUCUCAACUCCCGCAAGAACUACACCUUCGUCCUCACGGUAACUGACACUGCUGGCGACACUACAGAGGUUGUAUCCAGGAUCAUCCCCACCGACGGCAGGACCGCGACUUCAGACAUCUUCCUGAAGUACUCCGCCUCAGCUGUUGUUGCGGAGGACGCCAAAGUGGGUCACGUGGUCACUGUCUUCAUCGUGAGGUCGAGUAAGCUCCUGUCGAAUGCUGUCGAGUUCCAAAUUCUGGGUUCCUCGGCCGAGAUGUUCAAGAUUUCGUCGCGGCUGUACUCGUCAGACAGUUACCGGGGAGAGUUGGUGUUGCAGGGCCAGCUGGACUACGAGGUCAAGAACCUACACGCCCUGCAGAUCUGCGCUGUGAACCCGUACACUAACGAGAUUUAUGACACACGGAACAUCAUCUGUGUGGGAGUGUCAGUGCUGGUGGAGGAUCGUCAGGACCAGCCACCCAUCUUUAUCUUCGCCCCACCCGUCACCCGCAUCACCAGCAAGACUUUGAAGGACGACGAGUUGUUGAAAGUCGAAGCUGUGGAUGGUGAUCGUGGUGUGGCUCGAGAGCUCCGCUUCUCCAUGCUGGCGUCCUCCACACAGUACGCUCCCUUCUUCUCCAUAAACCCUCGGACUGGUUCCAUCACACUGCAGAACACAGUUAAUAGGUUGCUGGAAAUUAUGGUGACGCUGGAACCCAUCCUGGUGAAGGUGACAGCUGUUGAGAUGGAAAAUGAGAACACUCGGGACCCUGAGGAAACCUACAGUUCCACUGUUGAGAUUGCCUUUGUCAUCAUGGACUCUGACAUGAUGAUUCCUAAAUUCGUCUAUGAAAUGUAUGUUGGGGAGGUGAGAGAGAACAGCCCAGCAGACACUAUAGUCGCCUUUCCUAAUGCCUUCCUCAAGCGGGGCCUGAAAGGCAUGUUUGCUAUCGAAUUGGAAGGUGAUGAUGGGAUCUUUACCGUGGAACCCAACAUAGUGAGAAAUUCCCAAGAUUUUCUUAUCAAGGUCAAGAACCCUACCCUCCUGGACUAUGAGACCCGACCCAGAAUUGAAUUUAAGGUGGCAGCACGGCAGGUUUCGGGGACAGGGCAAGCAUCUAGCACCAUGCAGGUGAGGAUCAAUGUGCUCGACCUGAAUGACAACAUCCCUGUGUUCAGCAAGCAAGUGUACCGCACCGAGAUCUAUGAGAACAUCACUGCUGGUACCUCCAUAAUGAGGGUGCGGGCAACAGAUGGGGAUAAAGGAGAUUUUGGUAUUAUAAAGUACACUCAACUUAGUGGUAAACUGGCAGAGAAACUCCGGUUGGAUGAAGUGAGUGGUCUAAUCACUUGUGACUACAACAACCAGGACUUUGAUCGUGAACUUAAUCCAGAGGUCCAUCUACGAGUAGAGGCUGCAGACAACAAUGGCUUGGGCAACAAAGCCAUGGCACAGAUUAUCUUGGUGUUGAAAGAUGUCAAUGACGUAGCACCCAGGUUUCUGAAGCCAAUAUACACUGGAGUGAUGAAACCAGACCAAAACAACCUCAAGGAGACAUUGCAAGUCCAGGCAGUUGAUGAUGAUGCAGAGGAACCCAACAACAAAAUCCGGUACAGCAUGGACCCCUCCAUCUUCAUUCACAACUUUAAUGUGGAUAGUACAACAGGAGUAAUAUCUGUUAUCCAGCAGCUGGCUUACCCUCAGAUAUCUGGUCUUGCAAAAAAAAAGAGAGAAAAGCGGGCAUAUGAAAAUGAUGAUGGAAUUAUCACCUUCAGCGUGACAGCCACAGACUUUGGAACCCCACCAUUGAGCACGACUGUCAAGGUUCAGAUAUUCCGUGAUGAAUUUGUAGAACGCUUCAUCACAUUUAUAUAUCCGAAGCCUCAAAUUGAAGUCCGCUUCAAUGAGGAUGAGAUUGAGAGAAUGUUGACCACCAUCACUGGAGGGGAAACAGAGAUCUUGAAGGUGGAGGACUACAGCACCACUGAUACCAGCAGGUUCCAAACUGAUAAGAGUGUGGUGACAGCAUUGGUGAGGAAUGAUAUUAAUGCAGUGGUGGACAUUGAGAAGAUCUUGAACCACUUCAAUGGCACCAAAUCACUGAAGCAGAAUGCCCCACAGACCGUGGACUUGGCAGAACUGAAAAACCAGAGGACAGCAUACCUGGCAUGGGUGGUGGUGUUGUGUUUGCUGUUGGCCUUCAUCAUACUCAUCAUCAUCCUCUGUUGCUUCUGGCCCAUCUGUCCACUGUACAGGGAAAGGAAAAAGCAUAAAUUAGUUGCAGAUGAGAAUGCCGAGGCUGAGCGUGUGUCUUACAUCCGUGUGGAUGAACGUGGGAACUACCGUGGUGGAUAUGAAGAAGAGCGUACCUGGUGGGACCGCCUGCCAACCUGCUGUACUGAAGCUGCUACCUACUUUGGGGUCAGUCGCCCAAAACGUGGUGGUGGGCGUCUUGCUUGGAGUGGUGAUGAGCGACAGAAGUAUUGGCAGCUUGCUGGAGGGAGUGAGGGAGCUAUUCUGGAAGAUCGAGCUGUUGUAGCUCGUCGUGGUCCCAGGGAUCUGAUCCUUCUUGAGGACUUGGAUGAAGCUCGUUUACAGCAGCAAGGUCGAGUUGUAAGAGUUGAUUCCCGCAACUCACAGUUGUCACAAGAUCCAAGGCGGACAUUUAUCAUACGGGACCAACGAGGCAAUCCUCGAAUUGCUGAAUCACUUAGAGAGGGUGAGCAUUAUGUAAUGGAAGACAUUGAGAAUACUCCUCGGAAUAUGCGUAUGGAUGAUCCAAGAGCUAUGCGCAUGGAUGACCCAAGAGCUAUGCGCAUGGAUGACCCAAGAGCCAUGCGCAUGGAUGACCCACGGGCAAUGCGCAUGGAUGAUCCCCGAGGAAUGCGUAUGGAUGAACCAAGGAAUGCACCCAUGGAGGAGCUGCGUGGCCCUCCAGUACAGAAUGCAAGCGUAGAUGAUGAUGCAACUUAUGCGCGCCAGGGAAACGAGCAGGACCUCCGACUAAACGCCAGCCCGCACGGCGCCGUGCUCAGCGAUGACUGGAGCACGGGCCGUCCAAGUCGCCCGAUAAGGCGGUCUGGCGUAGAGCCGGGGGGGAUAAUGUUAACUCAGGAGGAGAUGCAGAGACGGGCACUCAUGCACGAGGACGCGGGGGGCGGGGAGAUCAUGGGCAGACACGUGGAGGGGCAGUCAGUGGGCGUAACACCACGUUCAGACAGGGAGGGAAGGUACGAGGACGGGUUCGUUCAAACCUCAAUGCGUUAUCUGCACAACGGAAGUCCUCCCCAGGCAGACGUGCAGAUACAAACAGAGGACUUAAACGGGGGAAGAGACGAGCACGUGGUGCCUCGAUUGCGAAUCAGGACUCCCAUAGAGGAAGAAACCAACAGUUUGCUAGAGGCAGAAGGAAUACGGUCCUCACGGAGAGAGCAACAGCGGGCCAGGCGCAAUUCACAGGUCGAGGUGGAACCAGCGAUACACGAAGACAAUAUCAGUCGACGGUCAAUGAAGACUACUCAGCCAGCCAACACACUGUAUCAACACACCAAAGCUUCAAUACUUCGUUUCGAGACCAACAGGUCCAAAAUGGACGAGGAAACACAGAAGAAGGAAUCUACGAUUUCCCGCCGCAACAGCAUGAGUGGGACAGACGGUCGCCGGAGUUCCAGCGUGGAGAGCAGGAGCAUGGAUGGGAGACGUUCAGUCAGCCAGGCCAAUCUCGAUGGCAGGCGGUCCAACAGUCAGGCAGCUCUGGAUGGGAGACACUCCCACAGUCAGGCUACCCAGGACAUGGGUCGUGGAACCCAGGGAGACAGCCGAGCCAGCGUCGAGAGGCGUGGUUCACUCCCCAGCUUAGAGACAGAGCUAGAACGCAAGGCAGCCUGGCGAUCGGUCAGUCGACGAGGAUCUCUAGGCCCACACGAUCUAUUGGACGAACCCUUGCCAGCCGUAGAUGGUAAGAGUAGUUACAAUAGUGAGUAUGAUGAGGACUACUCCCCUGAAGACAAUGAACACAGGAGUGGGAGCAGAAGACAAAGAAAAAUAUCACAGGCACGCUACAUGGAGUGGUAUGACAAAAAACAAGAAAGAAGCCGGAAUUCAAAAGAAGGAGGAAAGAGAUCAGUGGAUGUUGAAGAAUCAGAUUACAUUCAUGAUCCAGGUACUAGAGCAGUGGAGGGUAGGGACAGACGAAGGCAUCACUCACAAGUGGGUGAUAGUGCAAUAGAAAAUAGUAGCUUAAAGGUUGUUGAAACAAGGGAGGCUGCAGAAGGCUCUGAGACUCAGGGUUACAUCACCUCAGAGAUACCUACUGGUUCCAGUCAACCAUUAAGAGUUCCAGCAAUACCAUCCCAUUCUCAAGAUCUUCCUGGUGAUGCAAAGAUUCAGGAUGGUGAGGAAGAGCUCCGCACCAUCAUGGACAAUGAAAUCAACCUGGGAGUCACUCAAAGUUCUCAAAUGUUUGAUAGUGAUGUUGACCUGGAAACAGUUGCAGCAGCGAGAGGACGAAGGAAAAGGAAUCACUUGCUUGAAAAGAAGAGUAUAUUUACAAUUGCUUAUGAUGAUAUGCAGACAGAACAGUUACGACCUGAAUCAGCUGCAACAGAACCAUGAACAAAAUUUGGUUAGACUGACAUUGUUUUAGUGCAAAUAUGAGGAACAGGACUAAUCACUUAUUGACCAAUGAUGAUACAUGAUUAAGAGUCUUUUUAGCUUUGAUAUAUGAUACUCAGUAAUCAUGCUCUUUUCUAAAUACAGUAUUGGGAAAAUUUUUUACAAAACUAUUUCCAGGAUGUGGUUGUAGGAACUGGACUUCGAUCAAGAAGACGAAAAAAAAACGAGAGCUUGAAAUGCAUAAUACAGGUCACAGUAUAUCUUAGGAUCAUACUUUGUGUUGCUGUAUUUGUUGUUUCAAACACUGGUGUAUGGUGAGAGGAAAAACUGUUUACUUAAAUGUUUCACUUUAUAAUUGAUUAGUAAGGAAAAAUAGUGCACAAGACAUAUUCAGCAUUAUUGUAUUUGUUAGACAUUUUUGGUCUUUAAAAUGCUCAU